AUGAAUACAUGGCGGAACAAGGGUUACGUCCCGGACUCAGAUGACGACGAGGAUUUUGAAAGCCAGGAAUCGAGGAAGGAAUAUAGCGAGGAACAAGCCCCUACGUUGGAUGAUGAUGAUAGAGAUGGAGUACAACUGACUGGGCUUGGUGAAGAUAAGAACAGCAUUGAGAAUGGCGAGGGCGUCAAGGAAUAUGAGCAAUACUCGGAAUCGGCGGAGCUAGGAUCAGACCACAGCAGUUACAACGAUGAUGAGGAUGAGGGUGCUCGUGAAAAAGACCAGGAAUUACAGUCGGUAGAGCUGAAUUUGAAUGAUGGAGGUCACAAUAACAAUGCCCAUGAUGGUGACCACGAGGGAAGCCAUCAUUUACUAUCGGUAGACUUAGAGUUGAACAAUGAGUCGGACACCUUGAUCCCUCCUGAAACCGAUCCUUUAUUGGCAAAGUCUGGUUCAGCGAUUGAGCCUCUGCUCACAGACGAUGAGGCUGCUUCGUCAGAUGAUGAACUCCAUUUCAUUGGCGUUGUACCAAACAAAUCAGAGACAAUUUACACUACCAACUCCGCAGAUAUUCCAAAUGAUGUGUUGGGGUUCCAAAGUGAUUCAGAUUCUCCGCUUUCUUCUGCUCCAUCGGUAAUAGUUUCACCAGACUCAAGCCAACAAGCUCACCAAAUCCAUGGAGACCAACACUCCCAACCACAACGACUCGUUGCGCCUCAAAUAGUGGACCUUGUGGAUGAAGACGCUUUAUCUCAAACUUUGACAAGUGAUAUUCUAGCAUUGGACACGGAACUCCAACCCCAGCGACGAUCAUUACGCGAAAGAAAAGAGAUACAAAUGCAUCCGUAUCUCAUAGAAGAUGCCAAAUAUCAAUCUCUUGUCAGAAAGGCAGGGCUUAAGCCAGUUCGUGUGGUUACUGCAGAAUCUGCUGCCAGGCAUACUCAAGGAGAAAGCCAAGAAUCUAUAAUCGGUGCGCCUGAACCCCCGAGCAGUCCACCUAGCGAAUUCAUCUUCCCACCGUCCUCUCCUCCCGACCCAUGCAAAUCACCAGCUUCAAUUAGCCGACAGCGGAUACCCAAAGAUAAGUCUCAAUUGGUGCAUGAUCAUGUCCAACCUCAUUCGCAAAAGAGGAGAAAGUUGUUCCAUGACAGCCAAGUCAAAAAGCAUAAACAACAAUUCCCAUCUUGCAAGGUUGUGAUUGAUAAGGCAGAUACUUUCGUCAGCCCCAAUACUACACAAUCAAUUCAGGCUCCGCUAUCACCACCUCGCUCAGGAAGCGUCCCAUCCGCAGCUCAUGUGGGAAAGGAUGGAUUCCGCUUCCCACGGGGCUUCACCCCUCCUGCAAAGACAUUUGACACAACCGUACAGUCAGUCUCAAUGGAUGCAACCGAUCUUACGAUUGACGAUGACUUCGACAGCGUUGCACCCCUGGACGCUGAAGACGACCAUAUAACUUCACAAACCUCAGUCGAAGAUAAUGAACCAGAGGAAAGUGCGUCAGAGAUGGCGGUUAAACAAUACCAGCGUAGAAUCAAGGGCGUUCUUCCAGCGUCAUGGUUAACGUUGGAUCUUAAAAACAAAGGCGGAAAGACCGCCAAUCCAUCAUCAGACAAACAUCAACGAGAGUUGCUCUCUACACGUGCUGAACCACAGAAGGGGGUGGCGAGGCCAAUCUCGCGACCACGGAGCAUUGCCCUAGAGUCGCUCACACCGCGGGCGACUUUCGCGUUCCUGGAAGACUCAUCUGACUCGGAUGAUGCCGACCUUGAUGCGCCUGCUGCUGUUGACAUCCAGGUUGCGAAAGAAAGCCGCAAGACCUCGGCCGAUUUAAGGAAGUUUUACGAUCCGACUAAUGAUAUGGAUGAAGAUAUUCCUGAAGACAACACACUUGAAGAGAUUUUCUCGCCUGUACGCCGGUCACUAUUCAGUCACAAUAGAUCACACUCGAGCAUCCCGAAAACAUACAAGAGAAAGCAAGUCUCUUACAGAAAUAAUCAACCGCAGAAGAGUCGUCCACUUCGGCAGGUGCGUCUCGACGACAGGACACCUCGCCCUUCAAAACGAAAAGUUCGAAGACCACAGAUACCAAAUUUAAGCAUUUUGGAUGCCCCAGAUGUCGCUCGCCGAUCUCGUAAAGAACAACCUCAGUUCUUACGGGUUGCCACUAGGCAAGCUCGAUCGCGGAAAGACCAGGGAAGAUCAAGUCCAAGUAGAAAAGUGUUCAACAUGGCCACGCGAGAAGAGACGAAAGAGACAAAUAAAGCUUUGUGGGAUUGGAAGAAGGGAUCUAUGAAGCAAGCAAAGCUGUCGAUGACCAGCACCCCGAGAAGUGCUCGUCAACCUCUCCAAAGCCUUUCAGCAAACAGACAAGAGCGUACGGAUCGCAAUCAUACAAGUACUCUACCUCAGAAUUCGGUCUCUGAUGAGAGACCACGCUUUCUACGAGAGCUUGACCUGACAUCAGAGAAUCUUACAUUUGCACAGCCACUGGCCGUUCCUCCCGUGAAAAGUCGAGUCAUUUCGACGACCAUGAAGCAAUCAAGGCUCGUUAGAAAAAACGUCAUCAGUAGGACACAUGCCAUAACCUCGCUACGAAGAAACGGCGCAAGACCUGUGGAAUCCGAGAUAGUCGGUGGUGAAGCAGGCCUUUCUCCUUAUGCCUUCUCAGCUUCUCUGGCCGCACUAGACAAAGACCGCAAGCGAACGUUCACUCUAGACCGUUACAUUUCUACGUUGGAGCCCCCUGAUCAAGAUCCAUCACAAUUCCCUCGACCUGCCAUCCAGCCCAUACCUGAAAGAAUAGAGAAUCAGCAGCCAGCACGACAUAAGCCGCCAAGAAAACGAAUUCCAGCUCGUGCAGAAGUGAUUGAUAUUGAUCCCAUGCCGCAAAUAACAGCUUCCUCAGAACCGGCGAAAAGGACACAUACUACUCCAGUCGACAAUACUAAGCGUUUAAGUAAUACAUUAUAUGGGUUCGGGAAUUUUAGGGUCUUUUCUGUCGACUUUAACGUCUUGCCUAUUCGCAAAGGGACAUAUUUUCACGAUUCUACUUUUAUCGGCGAAUGUGGUCUUUCACGUUCACUUAAUAUCAACAAAAGAAACAUGGAUCAAGAUGUAGGCUUUGCAGUCAUUGACUUGGGCGAUCAAGUUUUCCGCUGGGGUCCUUGGACUGAGCAAGUGUCUUCCGAAUUGGGCGUGAUCAUGGACUUGAUUAAGAAUGAGAUUGAGAAAUAUGGCUCAUUGCCGGAGAUUUCUUCCAAUUCUGAUACCUUUCGAGUUUUCGUUUUUGUGAUUAGAUGGAUCACCGAUACUAUGCACUUCAUUGACCCGAUUGAUCGAGUAUCCUUCAUCGAGCGUGUCGUACCUUUUAUUUGCGAUUUGCACAAUCAUGUCGCAACGGCGUGUCACGCGAAUCAUAGUGGAUGGCAGGGUUACUUGAGGUUAGCAAGUCUCAACAUGAUUUUUGCCAAUCAAAUACGUCAAGUUGCAUCUCACGAAUUGGUGAAUCCCUCUAAGAGAGAGGACACUCUGAAUCUCGUCAAGACCGUUUCCCGCCAGAUUUCUUCUCUAAUGUACACCCAUCAUGGACUGCAAAAUAUUCGCCAAUUCAAUGAGAGAAAUCAGGAUGUCAAUCUCGAAUCUGGAAUUCGCCAUGGUUUCCCCGCGGUCGAAGCCCAUAUCAUUCUUUUCCAGAUCUUGCAUUCAUCCCAAGAAUUCCAAGGAUGGUUUAAUGAGUUGGCGUUAUUAUCAUUUGCUGAUAAGGCAUCUUCUUCAAACAUUCAGCAUCUUGAAGAGGUUUGGGAGGCAGUCUUCACCACGCUUCCACUCUAUGAGAUCGAUGAAUUCGGACUUGGUCGCCCUGGGCUUCGAUUUCGUGAUAAGUACGAUCAAUGGCCUAUCGUUCAGACAUUAGUUUCGAAGGUCUUGGAUACGUAUUAUCUCGAUUCGGAUCAACCUACAUUUUACAUCAACUAUUGCCGCGUCCUCUUCCAAAGAUGUCUUCUUCUCAUGGUGUCCUGGUCUUGGCGUCACUGCAAAGGAAUUUUAGAAACACUGUUCGAUUUCUAUGCUAAAAACAUGAUGUACAAUCUUAAAACUGAGCAAAGCUUUGGAUCUCCAUCAUUCCUCGAAGCGCUGGAUACGAACCCUACCAUCGAGAUUGAACCUUGUGACUCAUCAUUUCAUCUGUUUCUCAAAAUACUCGGCAGCGGCCUUCGCUACCUCUCCCAAGUCCACGACAAGAAGACGAUGAGAAACAUCACUUGGCGUCUUCUCCCUAACCAUGGGCGAGUUUAUCCAAAAGAAAAGCCUCUAGCUCAUGAAGACCUCGAUGCUUUGAGAAAUCACCAUGACCUUCUUUGUACCCUUUAUUGGGCUGUUCCAGGUAUUUGUCGACCGAGACUUCAGACGAUUCGUAACGUGAUUGAUCCUGCAACAUCCCAUCUGGAAACGAUGAGUUUGAGCAUUCGCUCGUGGAGGAGACUUGUGCAUUUCAAGCUAUCAACGAAUGAAGAAGAUGCUGAUUUGAAGCAUUUUGCCGAUUGGUACAAGUUCUUCGCUUCGGGGAUAGUCCGGCAACACCAGCUUGCAAAAACUGAAGUCGAGGCGCAAGCAAAGAAUCAAAUGCAUUUUUCAAAGCAGGACGUCGAGUCCACUGUAUCACAUAAUCAACGUCAGAUUGAGGCAUUGAUUUCUUCGACUAUCACAGCUAUGGAUUCGGCUAUUCAAUCAUCAAGAUCCUUCGGUCAAGCUUGCCUUCUUGUGGAGGGGUUUCCUAUUGUCAAGCUGUUUGAAUUGUUUGAUCCGGUUAAUUCCAGAGCCAAUCAUAUCAUCUGUGAUGGUCUGCAGCUCGUUAUCAAAUUUCUUGCAAAGGACUUACCUCUCGUCAAUUCUACAAAUUCUCCUACAAAUGAUGACAGCCAGGAAUAUGGAGACUGGUCCGCUCUUGAAGAAGUUUUUGAUGGCGUGGCCGAACCCGCGGCAGCUGCUACGACUUUCCCGUAUUUGCAAGAAGUUAUUCGACCAUGUGUCUCUCGCCUACUGUCCAAUUGUUUCGGUGAAGACAGGCCUCCGGAGGACUCCUUGCUCCUCAAAUUGACAGAGUGCUGGUCGGCUCUGGCACACGCUUCAGUAAGGAGUGGACUUGAACACUGGGAUAGCUACCUUAAUCCUUACAGCGGCAACUCCUGGACAGCCCUUCGAAUGACUCCGCAGACCAAAAAGUUCGGGCCUCAGUUUCUCGCGAACUGUAUAGAGAACGAUAGUCAAUUCUUCUCGGAAUGUAGACUACAGAUUCUGACAAUGUGGGUGUCAUGCCUUGUGGAGAGAACGUCGGCACUGAAAUUUCAACACCGUCUCACGGAAGUACUUCUCAAUGAAGAUCAGACACUACUAAUGAAGAAUUUACCCUUCAAUCGAGGGACAGAUGGUCGAUAUCAUGUCUCGCUGUCGGAGUUGACAGACAGACGGAUAUCAUUGAUUUCUAGCCUACUGUCGAAUAUGCGUGAGCAUCUACAAACUCAAGAUAACACUGGCUCCGUGAAUACCAAAGCAAUCGAUGAGUACAGAGAACUGAUCAUGGCCAUGAUGGCAACGAUGAAGACGAAUUAUCAAGAGCUCGGCCAGUCCGGAAAGACCGCGCGAGGACAGUACGUUGAAUUUGUGCACGAUAUAAUCAGCUUCAUGCAGCAGCACACGCAAUCGAUCUGUCCCAUCGAUCGCUAUUUCACAGACCCGUCUACAUUUCCCCUUCCACUUGGCGAUCCGGGGCUUGUUGUAGCAAAAUUGAAAGGCUAUGGCAUUCGACUACCUGCAACAAAAGCUGCGAAGGAACUGGUAAAUUUCUUGCAAGGCAUAUGCGAAUCAGCGGCUUUGGAUGAUAGACAGGGUGAGCUCGUUGCUCAGCUCUGUGAGAGUAUGGGUGAGACGUAUGAGUCUGGCGACACUGCGAAUCCAACACUGCGAUCGUUUCUAUUACAUUGCUUGUUUCCAGCUUAUAUUGAGUGUGCACUAAGCAGCACUGCUGCUUGGAUUUUUGUUCUGCCGGUCAUGAAAGCAACGUCUCGAGCGGCGCGUGAUUUGCUGUACGAUGUUGACAUCAAUGAUCCUGAUUGCAUCAAAUCGGUGAACAGCAUGUUUGGUGCCAUUCUACGAGCUAUCAGGCAGGUCAUAUACAUCUUUAUUCAAGAUGCGGAUUACACCGAAAAAACGCGCGCACUGCUGAUCAUCAAGUCUUGUAUUGAUAUUAUUUCCGCAAUGGUCCCAAUUCUCGAUUAUUUCGUCAGAAAUGGACAUUCCGACGAUCACAACAUGGCCAUACUGGGACAAUUACGCACAUACACAGCCUUCAUCGUGCAGAGACUUUUUGAACCAUCUACCGUCAUGGAAGACCAGUAUGACAUUUUCCCCGACGAGCUAACAGACAAUACCCACGUGAACCCUCUCUUUCUAGAACAUCGCACAUAUACAACUCGUCAGGUGCAAACGUACCUCCGCACCAAUUGGUCAAAGCACAACGGUCGAUAUUUCGUCCGUCGCGGUCGGGAACCGAGAGUGGUAGAAACUGAGAUCACCAAAUCAAAGGAGAUUGUCGACGUUCAUUAUGCAAAGUCCUCAUUAGUUGAAGCGGCGAAUAUGUAUCUACAUCGUUGGGAGUCAUUCAAUCAGCCGGAUGAGCAAAGUCGUUCUGAUGCUUUUGGGGAAUCCAAAGUCUACGACGCUUUAGGAGAAGGGUUCAAUGACUUGCUACUGUAA